AAAGUUCUUGUUUAUUAACUAUUAUUUAGACAUACUGCGUCAAUUGUGUUAUAUAUCAUCUAUAACAAGCGCAUUGUUAUAUUAAAUAUAACAAAUUAUUUUAAAAUAUUUUCGUUCUUUAUAAAAUUGUCACUGCUAAAAUGUAAUUUAUAAGUAACUUUAAAAAUAGAUUUUAAAAAAAAUUCAAAAUCCAGUUUACUCUUUUGAAAAAAUGAAUUUUCUGUCGAAGAUUAUCGUGACAUUUCUACAUGUAGUUCGCUAUAUUGUUGAUUUUAUUUCUGACAUUGUUUUCGGCUGGUAUUACCGGGGUAAACAGAAGCGAUUACCACCUAUAAAUAAUCCACUUAUACUUGAGCCGGCUCAUAUUUUGGCUGAAAAAAUACGAAAGCGGGAGAUUCGAAGUGUUGAUGUUGUGAAAGCUUACAUAGAGAGAAUAAAGCAAGUUCAACCCAUUGUUAAUGCAAUUGUUGAUGAUAGAUUUUCUGAAGCCAUAGAAGAAGCAAGAUGCAUAGAUGAGAUGCUCAAAGAAAACUUUAAGUCAGAGGAAGAAAUUGCAUUGGAAAUGCCCUUUUUGGGUGUACCUGUCACCAUCAAAGAAGCUAUUGCUGUUAAAGGAUGUCUAUACACAGUUGGAUUAGCUGCUAGAAAAGGAAUAAGAGCCAGCUUUGAUGCAGAAGUUGUCUCCCUUCUGAAGCAAGCAGGUGCUAUACCUAUAGCUGUUACCAUCACUCCAGAAUUGUGCUUAUGGUGGGAAUCGUACAACACCCUCUACGGCUGUUGCUCUAAUCCUUAUGAUUCUACCAGGACAUCUGGAGGAAGUAGUGGUGGUGAAGGCUGCAUAUUGGGUUCUGCUGGAUCUGUAAUCGGUGUUGGAAAUGACAUUGGAGGGAGCAUCCGUAUUCCUGCAGCUUUUAAUGGGGUAUUCGGACAUAAACCAACAAGAGGUAUUGUGAGUAAUGCUGGACAGUACCCUCCGGCUGCUCCUGAAUUGCAAACCUUCUUGAUGACUGGACCUAUGUGCCGAUAUGCUUCUGACUUACUACCUAUGAUGAAAGUUCUUAUUGGAAAGGGUGUUGCUUCCAAAUUGAAAUUAGAUGAAAAAGUAAAUUUUCGAGAUAUUUCUAUAUAUUAUAUGGAAAAUGAAGGCGGCAACCCAUUUGUUUCUGCUGUCAAUCCAGAGAUCAUAAAAGCUCAACGAAAGGUCAUUGAGUACUUCAAGGACACCUAUGGAAUACAACCGGUUAAAGUCGACAUCCCUAACAUGCGACAUAGCUUUGUAAUGUGGUCUAAAGUGAUCACCACCUCCGGAUUCAAGCCGAUCCCCGUAGAAAUGACCAACAGAACAAGCAAAGCCGACCUCCUUGUUGAGUUCUUCAAGUGGGUUAUUGGAGUAUGUGACCACAUAUUUCCAGUUUUAUUGUCUGCUGCCCUAAAUAAGUUUUGGGUACCAAAAGACGAGAAGAAAGCCAGCAAGUACUACACCAUGAUGUACGAUAUGGAGCAACAUUUUGAGAAACUACUGGGCCACGACGGCAUAUUCAUCUAUCCGAGCGGAUCUGAUUUGGCUCUUCACCAUGGUCAGCCACUCUUAAAGUCUUUUAAUGUGUCCUACACGUGUGUUUUCAACUUAUUAGGCUUGCCUGUUACUCAGUGCCCUGUGACACUGAGUCAUGAUGGCCUUCCUGUUGGCCUGCAGGUUGUAAGUGGUCAUUACAAUGACCGCCUUACUGUUGCUGUUGCGGAAGAGAUUGAGAAAGCUUUUGGGGGGUGGGUUAGACCACCUGCAAAUACUUGUGAGUAAAAAUGGACUUCAGAGAUACCUGUUAUUUAAUGUAACAGUUAUAUUUUUGGAACUGUUCUUAAAGUUAUAUUGCUUGACAAGUGACAUCAAAAUAUGUAAGCAAUUCUAUAAAUUUGUUUCCAUCAAAAAACUUCUAUUGAUGUUUAUUAUAGAUCUUUAUUAACAAUAUAUUACACCAUUAGAGGCUAAAUACCUUGUUUUGUAAACUUCAGAAUGCAAGGUUGCUUGGUAAAAAUUAUAUUAUUUUAUAUAUCUUGUUAUAUAUUAGAUUGAGUCAUAACUUACUUUUGCAUUGAAGGUAUACUGAAACAAGUACACUAGAACAGCAGUUCCCAAAUAAUGUUUCACAAAACUAUAGGGAAGAGUUAAAGGGGUCUGCGAGUUAAUACUUUUUAUUAUCUUUGUUUUAUUUCAAAGCCUCUGAUUGGACCAGGAUCAAUCCCUGCCGGCCAAUGACUCCCCGUGUAGUAAACAGUGACUG